AUGUCUACAGUGGCGAGGCAUACACGCAUACGACUGAACGUUGACAAUCUUAUCGUCGGACCAUUCGAUCACAAUAAGGAAUUCAGUCAUCUGCUUUGGCCUAGCUUCUACAAAACAUACGCAACACGAUUCUGUCAGAGUCCAUCUGAUCUUCGUUUCCGUGAAUCAGCUAAUCAAAAACUUUUGCAUCAGCGGAAUCGAAUAUCGAUUGUCGACUUCCGUCAAACGAACAGGUCCAUUUAUAUUGGAAUUUGCAUGACUUACGUUAUUAUUGCUGUUAACCUCAACAUAAGACUGCUUCGUGAAUGGCAUAAAUUAUCGAAUCUUGGAGAUAUAUCGAGGCAUGGUCGUCACGAGAAAGUAGUGCAAGAGAACUACGUGCCUACAGCAUGGUCAAAAUCUGACGGGUCGCGGCAAUUCAUGUUUGGCCUUGAAAAUCGAUAUGAGGCCCUACUGGACGAGCAAACUUCGAAAUACUAUUUGUCUCUAAUUUGUCAAAACAUGACAGGCGCUGAAGUGCUUUGUGUGUUCUAUACUCUGAGUUCUCGAAUUUCUGACACGACCAGUGUUGAUUACUUCGGUGGAGAAAAAACGAACCCAGUGAACGGUAUCGCUGAUGUGGCAUCUCUCUUUUCAUGUGGUUUCAUUCGACUGAACCGUGAGCUCAGUCUUGGUGCAGAGUAUAAGCAAAUCGUUUUGGUCUCUUUAAUGAUUUGUAGUGCUGCGUUCACGGCUCACAUGAUCGGGAAUAUGCUAAUCGCAGUCAACCGAUAUUCUGCGGUCUUCCUCAUGCAGAGAUACGAUACGAUAUGGUCCCGAAGAAAUGUGUUUAUCCUCAUAGUAGUCCAGUACGGUGUGGCUUUUGUCGCUUGUAUACAUCUUGCAGGUGCAGAGAUGGUUUACACCACGAAUACCCAAGGAAUAUCAACUUACAAGGGGGUGGAUAAACACGCCGAUCUG